CGGAGUACCUUCAAUUCGUUUAUAUUUUGUUAAUACUAUUUAAAACCCAAAAUCCUGGUUUUCAACGUACGGAUUGACUAUGAACAUGGAGAGAAAGUUUAUGAGCGUUUAUCCUGGAGCUGGGACAGUGGCUCUACGGCGGGUCUUGGAUGAUAUGUCGUUGUUCUAUGAAGACCGCUCUUCGGCACACCGACGCAAACACUUUAAAGUGCUCCAAUGCCCGAGGCCUGGGCUGUGUUUCGUCUUUCACGGAAUGAUUCUCAAUGCAUGUGAACAUUUUGUCAUUGAUUUUCUUACAAAAGAAGGGAGCGAAAUGAGCGAGGACUGCGAUGUGCUCCUGCAAGUAGGGUCGCGACUCCCUCAGAACUAUAUUACGCGCAAUUCACGCCUUAAGGGAAAGUGGGGUCCCGAGGAGAAUUCCUCUUAUCUAUCUUUUCAACUGACCCGCGGACAGUCUUUUUGGAUGCAAAUAUUGCUAACUGAGGAGGGUUUCUUGAUUUCAGUGAACGGUUUUCACUUUGCAAAAUAUCUUCACCGUAUGCCAUAUCGGUGGCUCGAAGCUGUGGACGUACUAGGCGAUGUCGCUAAUAUUGUAAUCGAUACAUAUUACGUCUCAGAGUAUCCUAUACGUUUAACGCACUCAUUGCCACGACCUAUUCCACUUUUAUACGAUACGGCUGUAACAAAAUUUCUUGAGGAUGGCGAUAACCUGGAAAACGCUUGGAAGGUAUUAUCUUCUCUUGCAAAAAUGUCAUCCAAGAAAUACCUGUACCAGCCCAGCCUGCCCCUUCCCUUCUAUGGAAAGCUGGGGAAAGAUAAGAACCUUAUUGAAGGUCGGGCCCUUCGGAUCGAAGGUCGCGUUCGGUUAAUGCCCCAAAGAUUCAGUAUAGCGAUCCAGAAAGGUCAGGAAAUCUGGCCGCAACCCACAGUGUCCUUUUAUUUCAGCCCCUGCUUCUUGCGGAGCAGAAAUGACAAAAUCGGUAAGGUUAUAAUUUCACGACGCGCCUAUUUAAAUGGUAAGUGGGUCAACUGCACCGCGUCGCGUCUAAAUACAAGCCUAAGACCUGGCGGCGCCUUUGUCAUAGUUAUUGUGUGUAGAGAUAGUUAUUACGAACUUUUUGUUAACAAUAAGUCCUUAUUUAAUUUUAAGUAUCAAAUGAAGCCAGAUUGUGUGAACAUUGUAAAUAUCCGUGGAGACAUCAAGCUUUGGGAAGUUGUAAUGGAAGGCAGCCAAGUUUUAAAAAGGCAUCGAGGCCGUUCGGCAGUGGAACGUGCUAUAAGUGCCUGGAAGCGCUCUGAGGAACCACGCCCCUAAAUAUAAUCGUUUUGGCCACGUAACUAUGUUACUUGAAAUGAAAGCUCUUUGCAAAUGCACAAAAUGUACUAGAUAAAGCAAAUACCCCAAAAUGGAA